UGUGCUGUCCAGAUGCCAUCUAACCCCUGUCUGACGCUUUCUCCCCAAGGUUAUAAAAUCCCUGUUAUUGAGAACUUGGGUGCCACUUUGGACCAGUUCGAUGCAAUUGAUUUCUCUGACAAUGAGAUCCGUAAACUGGAUGGGUUCCCUCUGUUGAGAAGGCUGAAAACUCUUCUGAUGAAUAACAACAGAAUUUGUCGGAUCGGUGAAGGACUUGAACAGGCCUUACCCUGUCUCAGGGAGCUCGUUCUUACCAACAAUAACAUUGCUGAAUUGGGUGAACUGGAUCCAUUAUCAACUAUUAAAACGUUGACUUAUCUGAGCAUUUUAAGGAAUCCUGUAACAAAUAAGAAGCAUUACAGAUUGUAUGUAAUCCACAAAGUUCCUCAGGUCAGAGUGCUGGAUUUUCAGAAAGUGAAACUCAAAGAGCGACAGGAGGCAGAGAAAAUGUUCAAGGGCAAACGGGGUGCACAGCUUGCAAAGGAUAUUGCCAGGAGAACAAAAACCUUUAAUCCAGGUGCUGGUCUGCCAACUGACAAGAAGAAAGCUGGGCCCUCCCCCGGGGAUGUUGAGGCAAUUAAGACUGCUAUAGCGAAUGCUACAACUUUGGCUGAAGUGGAGAGACUGAAAGGCUUACUACAGUCCGGUCAGAUACCUGGCAGAGAACGAAAAUCAGGCCCUUCGGAGGAUGGGGAAGAGGAAAUGGAAGAAGACCCCGUUCCCAACGGAUCUUGAGCGCUGCACGACACGCCGGGAGGCAGCACGACGCGCCGCCCUUUGCCCGCGCAACCCUCGGUAGUCGCCUAGCCUCUCUGCUCUCACAGGGGCCUCCUUGAUGACGCUCAGUCCCGGAGGCGCCGCGGGUUGUUUCCAAACGGCCGUUUUGUACCUUUUUUUCGCUGUACAU